AUGAUUGCACAUAUAUAUAAAUUAAUUUUUACGUUAUUUUAUUUUUUAUUGUGUAUUUUUAUUUUGUUCCAUUGUUUGAAUAGAUUCAUGAUAACUUUUAAUGUCAAUGUCGAAGGAAUAAAAUUAAGCAGUCGGAUGAAAACAGGAAAUAUAUUAAAGGGAUGUUUUCCAAUAAAUCAAAGUUUAAAUAAACAUUAUGUGUUAAAAUUAUUCAUUAAAAAUGAUGGGGAGAUAUAUAAGUAUAUAGUAGGGAAUAAAGAAAAAAGAAAAAUGAUAAAAAAUAAUAAAGGAGGUAGGGUUAGUAUAAGAAGGUAUGGUAAAGAUUCUCGUAAUCCUCAUUUGGCAUAUGAAUAUAUAAAUAAGAUUAUUGAAAAUAAAAAAUAUGAAAUUACAAAAUUGUUAGAAGAAAAUUGUGAUGAAAAUAAUCCAUUACAAAUAAGAAUGAAAUAUUUACAACAUACUAUGAAUAAUAAAUUAUCAGAAUGUUUAAAAAGAUAUAAUAGUGAUGAGAAGCAUAGAUUAUCAUUCAUUGCUGAUAUGAAGAGGAAGAUUUUUUCUAGCAUUGAAAAAGAAAAGAAUGAGAAAAAUGAGAAGAAUUCAAAAAGUAAUAAUAAUAUAAAAGAAGGAUUAUAUAACUAUAUGGAUGUAGGAUAUGAUAAUUUUGAAAAUGAGAAAUAUAGAUAUGAAGACAUAUUAAAGAAUAAAAAAAAAUUAGAUGAUAUUGAUAUAAUGAAUGAUAAAGAAGAAAAAAAAAAGAAAAUAAAAAAUAAUUAUAUAUAUCAACAUGAUUUUUUAAAUCUAAGUAACCCAGGUAAUGUUAGUUUAUUAUUACAUGAAAUAGGAUUUGAUGUAUUAAUAGUUAAUAUUGAUGAAUUAUCAACUCAAGGAAAUAUAAAUGAUUUAAAGGAUAUAGUAAAAUAUACAAGAACAUUACCAAGAAAUAAAAGACCAGCAGUUGUUGUUGAUGAUAUAAUUAUUCAUCCAAUACAAAUAGCUUUAGCUGUAGAAAAUCAAGCAGAUGGUGUAAUAUUAAAUUUAUCAUAUUUAAAAAAUGAUAUGGAAGAAAUGUUACAAUAUUGUGUUAAUGUUGGUACUCAAGCCAUUGUCGAAGUACAUGAUUAUAAUGAUAUAUAUUUUGCUACACAAUGUGGAGCUUAUAUAAUUAUGAUCAAUGAAUAUGAUUUUUAUAAUAAUAUAUAUGAAUAUAAUCAUGCUAUUAAAGCUAUUAAUUAUACUAUUCCUGAAAUUAUUACAAUUGCUAAAGUUAAUACUAAUGAUAUAAAUUAUAUAGAAAAAUUAGGAAGCUUGGGAUAUGAUAGUAUAUGUUUAGAAAAAAAAUUAAUUCAUGAUGACCUCCAACAAUUUGUUACAACAUGUAAAGCAUGGAGUGCUCCUCAUAAAACCUUACUAUAUCUUAAUAGAAAUAAUUAUCUUAAAGAAUUUCUAACAUAUGAUAAAUCUGGACAAACAAAUCAAAACCAUAAAGAUAUUACAGAAAAUUUAAAGAACUUAUAUGACGAUAAAAAUAUUUCAAAUAAUUAUUCGCACAAUCUUUUGAAGAACUAUGAAAAGGAACACAUCGACGGGGAGGAUACAGCAAAUGAUGAAAAUGUUAAUGAAAAUAUUAAUGGAAAUAUUAAUGGAAAUAUUAAUGGAAAUAUUAAUGGAAAUAUUAAUAAAAAUAUUAAUAAAAAUAUUAAUAAAAAUAUUAAUGGAAAUAUUAAUGAAAAUAUUAAUGAAAAUAUUAAUGAAAAUAUUAAUAAAAAUAUUAAUGGAAAUAUUAAUAAAAAUAUUAAUAAGGACGAUUUUAAAAGAAACCAUAUGUUAAAUACAGAUAACAACAUAAAAUAUAAUAUUGAAGGAAAUCAUAAUGACAUGGAAGAAGAAAAAAAAAAAAAAAGUUUUGAAAACAAAAUGGUUAACAAUAAAGAUUAUAAAGACAUUAAUGCAAAUAAAAAAGAACAGAUAUUAAGCAAAGAAGAAAAACAAAUAGUACAAAAUUUUAAAAAUGAAAAAAAAAGAGAACUUAUGCUCUUAAGUCAAAUGAAAGAAAUUAUUAAAGAGGUUGAUGAUCAAUGUAAAAAUUAUGAUACAAAUACUGAUGAAGAAAAUCAAAAGAAAGAACAAAAAUUAGAAUCAUUGUUAGAAAAUUUUACGAAAUUAGAUAAAAAUUUUUUAAAAGGAUUCUUCUCAGAUGAAGAAAUAAAUAAUAUAGAAAAUACAAUGAAAAAUGCAGUUGAACAAAAAAAUAAAAUACAAAGUGGAGAAAUUAAUAUUGAUGAUAAAAAUUUAACAGGAUACCCUAUGGGUCCAUUACAAAAUAGUUAUAUGAAUAAUUUGGAUAUAUAUAACUUAACAAAAGAAUAUUUUGGUGAGACACAAAAUAAUAAUGAACAUAUUGAAAAUAAAUUCGAUAGUGAUCAAAACAAUUUAUUCGAUGAAUCAUCUGAGGAUUCAUCCAGAGGUCUGGACGCAAAUUAA